GCUCAGCUGCGGCGGCGGCCGGAAGUGUUGGAGCCCGGCUUGGCGGCGGCGGUGGCGGCGGCAGCCGUGGCGGCUUGUGCGCAUGCUCCGUCGCCCGCCCGCCCUGGCCGCUCGCCGCCCGCCCGCCCGACGGAGACGCCCCAGCUAGCUGACUUCAUGUGAAAGAUGGCUAAUGCGGAAGUGAGUGUCCCAGUGGGAGAUGUGGUUGUGGUACCCACUGAAGGAAAUGAAGGGGAGAACCCUGAAGACACUAAAACCCAAGUGAUCUUGCAGUUACAGCCUGUGCAGCAAGGGAUUUAUGAUGCUGGGUCGGAGAGCAACGCAGCAGUUGUAGCUGUAGAAGCACACACGAUACACAAAAUUGAAGAAGGAAUUGAUGCAAGCAGCAUAGAAGCAAACGAGGAUAUGGAAAUUGCCUACCCUAUAACCUGUGGAGAGAGUAAAGCCAUCCUCCUCUGGAAGAAGUUUGUGUGUCCAGGAAUAAAUGUGAAGUGUGUCAAGUUCAAUGAUCAAUUGAUCAGCCCCAAGCAUUUUGUCCAUCUGGCUGGCAAGUCCACUCUGAAGGACUGGAAGAGAGCCAUUCGUCUAGGUGGCAUCAUGCUCAGGAAAAUGAUGGACUCCGGGCAGAUCGAUUUUUACCAGCAUGACAAAGUUUGCUCCAAUACCUGCAGGAGUACCAAGUUUGACCUUCUGAUCAGCAGUGCGAGGGCACCAGUGCCAGGCCAGCAGACAAGUGUAGUGCAGACCCCCACCUCGGCUGAUGGUAACAUCACACAGAUUGCCAUCUCAGAGGAGAGCAUGGAAGAGGCUGGGCUGGAGUGGAACUCAGCUCUCACUGCUGCUGUCACCAUGGCCACGGAUGAGGGCGUAAAAAAAGACUCUGAAGAAAUUUCAGAGGACACUUUGAUGUUCUGGAAAGGAAUAGCUGAUGUAGGGUUGAUGGAGGAGGUCGUCUGUAAUAUUCAGAAGGAGAUAGAAGAACUUCUCAGGGGCGUUCAGCAGCGGCUCCUGCAGGCUCCCUUCCAGGUCACGGAUGCUGCUGUUUUGAACAAUGUGGCACAUACGUUUGGCCUGAUGGACACAGUCAAGAGAGUUUUGGACAACAGACGGAAGCAAGUGGAGCAGAGUGAGGGGCAGUUCCUCUAUACCCUGGCAGACUUGGAACGGCAGUUGGAAGAGCAAAAAAAGCAAGCCCAAGAUCCUAGACUGAAAUCUCAGACGGUUCAGAAUGUGGUACUAAUGCCUGUGAGCACCCCAAAGCCUCCAAAGAGACCCCGGCUCCAGCGGCCAGCCUCCACCACUGUCCUGAGCCCUUCUCCUGUGCAGCAGCCUCAGUUUACUGUUAUCUCACCUAUCACCAUUACCCCCGUGGGGCAGUCCUUCUCCAUGGGCAAUAUUCCAGUGGCUACUCUCAGCCAGGCCUCCAGUCCUGUGACUGUCCACACGCUGCCUUCUGGCCCGCAGCUCUUCCGCUAUGCCACGGUGGUUUCCUCUGCCAAGAACAGCUCACCAGACACAGUGACCAUCCACCCUUCGUCGAGCUUGGCCCUGCUAAGCUCUGCCACUAUGCAGGAUGGCAGUACCCUAGGCAAUAUGGCCACGAUGGUGAGCCCUGUGGAGCUGGUGGCCAUGGAGUCUGGCCUGACUUCAGCAAUCCAGGCAGUUGAAAGCUCCUCGGAGGAUGGGCAGACCAUCAUUGAAAUUGACCCAGCCCCAGAUCCUGAGGCUGAAGACAAUGAGGGCAAAGCAGUCAUCUUGGAGACAGAGCUGAGGACUGAGGAGAAAGUGGUGGCUGAGAUGGAAGAACACCAGCAUCAAGUCCACAAUGUGGAGAUUGUGGUCUUGGAGGACUAAUUGGGGAUGGGGCCAAGAGCUAUGUUUUGGUUUGGAAUUUUAAUUAUGUUUAUUUUUAUCAUUGUCCCAUUCAUUUCCACAUAGAACCUUUUUUUUUUUAAAAAAAAAAAAACAAACUACAAAAAUCUUGUUGUAACUGA